AUAACUACGGACAACUAACAAAAAGUGAGAUGUUUAAUAAAAAAACAUUAAUCUAUAUUUAACAGAAAAUUAUUAUAUAUGUAACUCAAGUUCUGUAUGAAAUAAAAGUGUUGAGGCAAUAAAGAGCAUGAAACACAGCUCAGUAAGAUACCAAUAAAUCAUUAAAUUCUCUUAUGGAGAGAAGCACAAUGAAGCGGAAACAGCGACGAUACAGAACCACUUUUAACUCGCUACAAUUACAAGAGUUAGAGCGCGCUUUCCAGCGGACCCACUAUCCAGAUGUCUUCUUUCGCGAGGAGUUAGCCGUACGCAUUGAUUUGACGGAGGCACGAGUACAAGUUUGGUUUCAGAAUAGGCGUGCCAAAUGGCGUAAGCAAGAAAAGGUUGGCAAUGAGUCAACAAGUGGUAAUCUACAAGACCCCGAAGAUGGAAUCGGUAUGCAAACCACUUAUGCGGAUGAAAACGCCAUGGUGCAGUUAGAUAAUCCUUUGGGCACUACACUCCUACCAGACACACCGCCGCAGUCUGCGAAUUCGCUGGACAAUGAAUCGAAAGUGCCAUUCAGUGUCGGCUGCCUUUCACCGUCUCGUAUGUCACCAAAUAUUUUUCUUAAUCUCAAUAUCGAUCAAUUGGAGCGCGGCGGCGGUGUCUCAAUGGAGUGGUCGACCUAUCCGCCCACGAGUACAAUGUCAAGCAUGUCGCACACGCUGACGCAAUCCAAUACACCGCCGCCACUAAUUGCCACACACAGUAGUAAUAACAGCAACAGCAAUGUGAACAUUAUGGGCGAUCCUCAAACCAGUCAUCACAAUCACAACACCCAUCCACAUGGCCAUCCUGUGAGCUUACUGAGCAGCAGUCUUAAUGCGUCAUUAGACUUGGAUACAACCACAAAUUCAACUUAUGACGAAAUGAAAUUCUUGAAUGUAGAUCAAUUCACAAUUGAUAACUUUAAAGCCGAAUGCAUACUGAAUUUGGAUCAUGCGCUGGCGUUGGACGAUAAGCCCACACUGGAGCAUCUCGGUCACGGUCUGUCAUUUGAUAGCGGACAAAUGAUGGAUCGUUGUGGUGUACAGCACACUUUGGAUCAAUUGCAUGCGCAGUCACAUCAGCAGUUACAGCAACAACAACAACAACAAAACGACGGACAAACACAGCUGUUGCAUCAACAACAUCAAGAAGUGCUCCACCACAACCAAUUGCAUCAGAUUAAUCACCAUCAUCAACAGCACCUUCAGCAUACAAGUCUAUCACACCUUAUGCACACGUCCAAUCAGUUGCAUGGCGCUCAGCAUACGAGUACGCUCGGUCUAGACUUAGUACCUUCAUUCGGCUUAUGCGGCGACGACGAUCAAACUAAAUCGCCGCCAUCUUUGUUGUCGCUAGACAAACCUCUGUCGCUGAACAUCAGUGUGGAUGGCAUGGGCGAUUUGGUCGAUGACAAGUUUUAAAAGUGGCGCUGUCAUAGGAGCGUCCAUAAACCAGGUGGUCCCUUCCUUCAUGUCGCCUAAUGUGGGCUUUCCUCCUGCUCGAUCGAACGUGGCCUCGUUUCACACUUCUUUUCAUUCAAAUAUUUUGUUUUAGAUGAAUGAUGCUAAAAUAAUAUGACAUUUUGUAAUAUAACAGACGACCUAAUAGCUCAUUUUUUAAGUACAAUCCCUCUCCUUUAAAUUUUUGUUUUACCUGAAGAAAGCUGUGAAACUCGCUCUCACAUCCUCCACCUCGGUACGUGAAUGUAGUGGAAACUAACCGAGCUAUGCAGUUUGUGGACGCUCCCAUAUGGCUGGAUAGCAUAAUUGAGGAGAAGGUGAAUAAGAGGAGUAAAUGCAGAAGUCCAGGACUUCAUCUCUUCUCUGACGGUAUUUCUAAAAGCUUUUACAUCACAAUAAAAUUAAUAUAAAUAAAUUUAAUUAAAAUAAGU